GGAUGCAACCAUUCUUUGGUUAGAUUCACUUCUGUGAACAAACAUGCUUGGAACAUUUUGUGGAAUAACAUUUUUCAUCACCUAUUUCCUAUAUACUGAGGGCCAAAGCUAUCUUGAAUAUGGCUUGAUAAUAUCGUGCACUGGAUCAGCAGGUACUAAUGAAAUUCUCUUCACUUUUAAUAAUGAAGUGGCUGCAUACAUCGACCUUAAUGAGAAAAAAUUGUUUUUUGUAGUACCUGACUUUGUACAAGUACCUGACUUUGUACAAACACAAACUAUCUUCAGUACACACCCUUUGGAAACUAUUAACAUAGAUUUUAUUGAAAUAACAAAUUUUUGCAAAGACUCAUUUUUCAGGACACUGUCCCUUAAAGCAUCUGAAACUCUUGAACCCCCUUGGACCUCAGUUUACCCCAGGAAUGAGGUGAAAUUAAAUGUCAAGAACACCCUGGUUUGUCUGGUUUCUGGAUUCUUCCCUCCACCUGUCAGAGUCUCAUGGAGCAAGAACAAUGUGAGUGUGACAGAUGAAUCAACUUUUAGCAGAUAUUACCCCAACAAAGACGGGACAAUGCAUGUAAUUUCUCGACUGAGCUUCAUUCCAGAGGAAGGAGACAUUUACAGCUGUUCUGUGGAGCACAAAGCCCUUCAGCAACCUCAAACCAGAACAUGGGUUGUAGAGAUAAAGGAGCCCAGCACUGGUCCAUCAGUGUUCUGUGGAGUUGGCCUUGCUCUUGGACUUCUGGGUCUGGCCACCGGAGUCUUUUUCAUUGCCAAAGGAAAGAACUGGAUAUAAUUAUACUGAUACAGUUACAUUGACAUAUGUGUUGUUAGUGCUGUUACUAAUGCCAUACACAUUUGCAUUGCAAAACCUUCUGUGAGUCAAAUACACACUAUAUUCUUCCUGUUUUAAAAACAAUAAUCUACAACAUGGUUCUGCAUUGUACAUUUAAUGAUAUUCCUCUUCCUUUUAAAAAAUUAAAGUAUAAUAAACUAGUAAAAAAUAUGAAUGUGUAUUUCAAGAGAAUUUAUUUUCUAAAAGUACACAGGCUCAAAGGUGGACACAUAGCACUCAUAAAUACAGUAUGAAUUGUAAAAAGAUCAGCCAGCACAUCACAGUCCCGGGCUGGACAGAUCUGAAGGCUCUGCACAUCACUGUUCCUGGAUGCAUACAUGCUAUAUAUUUUGCUAAAUAUAAAACAACGAAAUGCGUCAUUUUCAUACAGUUGUCAUUUCAUUGCCAUACACUGAUAUCAACAUAUUGAUAUUAUUUUUUUAAAAACUCAUGCCACGACU